ACAACUCAUCCCUCUAGCAAUCUCCUGUCCGCCGAAGGAAUGCCAAGUCGCACUGCUUCGAAGACAAGAGGGAUAAGCAUAUGUAUAAGAUGGAUUGAUGGACCCCGUUGAAAAACAAUCAUCCAGCCAUCCAUUCAUCUUCAAUCCCAGUCACUCUUUCAGAUCCCGGAGGUCUUCGUUUAUUGCUUAAUACACUCACUCGUUCAACUCAACACAGUCUUUCCCGCCAACAUGAGGUUUUCACAGGUUGAGCUUAUGGCUCUUGUCGCCAGCAUUGCGUCUGCUCAGACCCUCAACAUCCCUACCAGGGUUGGAGCCAUCACCUCUCUCCCCGAGCCCAGUGUUAUUACUGGCAGCUUCGAUGCUGGCAAUGCUGAGUUCGAUCGUGGCCAGCCAUGUGACUCUGACGAAGACACUGGCAGCGCCAACGCUGUCUUCGUUCUUGAAGAUGGCGCGAGCCUCUCCAACGUUAUCAUUGGUGCUGACUCUCUUGAGGGUGUCCACUGCCUGGGUUCCUGCACCUUGACCAAUGUUUGGUUCCGCGACGUUUGCGAAGACGCUAUCUCUAUUUUAGGGACGGGUGAUGUAACAAUCACUGGGGGAGGUGCGCAAGAGGCUAUCGACAAGGUUGUCCAGCAUAAUGGUGUUGGCACAGUCACAAUCAAAGACUACACCGUUGUCAACGCUGGUAAGCUUUACCGCUCGUGCGGCGACUGCACCAACAACGAGGCCAAGAGCCCUCGUAAGGUCAUCGUCGAGAACGUCCGCGCCUACGGAUUGACCGCUGAUUUGGUCGGCAUCAACUCCAACUUUGGUGAUAAAGCCACUAUCAGUGGUGCCUGUGGAACACCUGCGAAGGUCUGCCAGGAGUACAAGGGUGUCAACAAGGGCAACGGCAAGAGCUCCAAGGUCGACACUACGGACAGCUGCGGCGGUGCUCAGGGUCUUCUCGAGAGUCUCCCCGAGUGCGAUGCUAGCGUCGAAGCCCCGUCUGUUGUUGCUUCCGUCGAAGAGCCCGCUGCCACUACUGAGCCCAUCAGCGCUCCUGAGGAGACCGCCGAGCUUUCGUUGGUCGAGCCAUCCUCUACUAUCGAGCCCUCGGUCACUGCUGAGCCAACCGUUAUUGCCACGCCUACCACUCUCGUAACCAAGACCUCUGCCGUUUCUAAGGAGACCGGAUCUGCCACCAACGGCGUUGCUAUCUACGGACAGUGCGGCGGCGAGGGAUACACUGGCUCCACGACAUGCGCAAGUGGCUCGUGCACGGAGUACAACCCCUACUACUCCCAGUGCAUCUAAAUAUUGCUCCCGGGAGAGACCCUGAAGAUUGGAGUGGUUAGUGUUGGAUGAACUUGUUAGAAUGUAUGGCAAGGUUGUAUUGAGUUGUAACCCACUUGGGACCUCUGAAUGUACAUAAUUAGUAGUAAUGGAAUCGUUGCUCUACCCAU